AUGACUGACGAGAAGGGUCCUGUUCCAGCUCCGGAGGAGCAAGGGGCGGGACUCGUCUCCUCCGUCUCUCCUCUUGGUGCUCGAAUAUAUCGACACCAAGCUCCGCUCUUUCUCGCUAAAACGUACCUUGGCCUCGUCGGCGACUUGACGUGGGAUCCGAAUCGAGCAAGCCCGAUUGGCGACUCCCCACGUGAACUUGUCAGCUUGGCUGGUCUCGUGACGCCCUGUCAAUCGACGCAAGUUGUCUUGUCCACCGUUUGGAUCGUACACCUUCAUUGCGUCCAAAUGCGUCUUCUCCAACCCUUUCAUCGCUUCGAAGAUUGCUGUGAGACCAUUAGGUUUGCGCAUUUCCGACGUGGAGAAGUUUGUGUGACAUCCGGCGCCAUUCCAAUCACCCAUUGUGACUUUUGGCUUGGGAUCGAGCGAGAUACAAACUCCGAACAUCUCAGCGACACGGUGGAGAAUGUUCCAAUCUGGUAUUCCCAUUGUCCUGGAGUUACUUCAGCGUUUGACGCAAACUCUCACAGAGAAGAAGAGACCCCUGUACACACCUGUUGGCUUCAUCUCGUUAUCCAAAGUGUCGCACAUUACCAAUACAUUGUGUCCUCCCGAAAACGGAUCAGGAAACACGGCGACUGGUCUCAAGUAGCGAUCCGAGUUGUCACCCUCGGCUUGUCCUGUCGACGAUCCAUCGUAAUUCCAGACCGGGUACUCGGAAACGUACUUUGGCUUCACGUCGAACGUACGGGUCUUGGCACGAAGUUGUUCUCCGGUUCCAUCGAUCCAAACGUAUGUCGCCUGACACUUGGAUGGAUGGGCUGGAAGACCCAUGAAGUGAUCGAUGGUGGCUUGUCCAAGUGGGAGACGGGUCUCGUAGUUGAGGUGUGA